CUUCCACAGUCAAGAUAAUACGUUUCAGGACAGUCAAACUUGAUUCCUGGUUCAGAGAGGAAUUGAAGCAUCUAAAGAUACUGUUAUAUUUGUGGAAUGUAAAAUUAUUCUUAGAAACUCAUAGGACAGUGUAACCAUGGAAACCAAACAAAUGGAGAAAUGGAAAUCUUGGGAGUAAAACUGUGAGAGUCCAGUUGCCCUCCCCAGCAAACACUCCAUCAGAUCUCCUGACCUGGACAGAACGGCACUCCAAAAGAACCAUGGGAAAUAAGCACUCUGGCUCUUGGUCAAAUCCUCAUUGCCCCAGCCAGCUUUUAGGAUUUACAAUACAUUGUAGGACUACCCUCUACACAGUGGUUGUGUAGCCCCUGUCUUGCAUUCUGUGACAAGGGAGAGCAGACAGGCAAACAGAGCAUUUUGCCAUGUGGGCCAGGGUGGCUCAGCUGAUUCUGGUCAAUGUACUGACCUGUGGGCUGGAGAUCUGCAUGGCUGCUGGGACCAUCUACAUCCCACCCCUGCUGCUGGAGUCUGGCAUGGAGGAGCGCUUCAUGACCAUGGUGCUGGGCGUGGGACCGGUGCUAGGGGUGGUUUUUGUGCCCAUGAUUGGCUCCGCCAGCGACAGGUGGAGUGGGCGUUUCGGGCGCCGACGGCCCUUCAUCUGGGCGCUCUGCGUUGGCGUGCUGCUCAGUCUGCUGAUCAUCCCCCACGCCUCGAGCAUCGCCGCCCUGCUGGCGUCACGCCCCCGCCAGCUGGAGCUGCUGCUGCUGGUGUCCGGGAUCUGCCUGAUAGACUUCUGCGGCCAGGCCUGCUUCACGCCCCUGGAGGCCCUGGUGUCCGACCUCUUCCCCGGCGAGGAGGAGAGCCGGCAGGCCUUCUCCAUCUACUCCUUCAUGAUCAGCCUGGGCGGCUGCGUGGGCUACCUCCUGCCCACUGUGGACUGGCACACCGGCUCCCUGGCUGUCCUGUUGGGCGGACAGGAGCCCUUCAUCUAUGCCCUGCUCACCCUCAUAUUUCUCCUCUCCCUGCUGACCACGGCCUUCAUCUCAGAAGAGCAGGGAGUAGGGGAGGUGUCCAAUAAGAGGCUAAGUUCCACCACUAGCGUCGCCCCCAAGUCCAGCCGGUGCUGUCCCCGCCCCCAGCACCUCCGCCUGGUCGUGAAGGGCUGCCUCUCCCUGCUGCCGCGUCUGUAUGAAAUGUACAGGCAUGUGCCUCUGGUCAUCCGCCGGCUCUUCGUGGCUGAGCUGUGCAGCUGGAUGGCGCUCAUGUCCUUCUUGCUCUUCUACACGGACUUUGUAGGGGAGGCACUGUUCCACGGGGUGCCCACUGCCCAACCAGGCACUGAGGAGAGACUCCACUAUGACGAGGGUGUGCGGAUGGGCAGCCUGGGUCUCUUCCUGCAGUGCGUCACCUCGCUGGUGUUCUCCCUGCUGAUGGACAGGCUGGUGGCGCGGGUGGGCAUGCGGGCCAUCUACCUCAGCAGCAUGGUCCUGCUGGCGCUGGCCACCUCGGUGAUGACCGUAUCCCGCAGCCUGCCCCUGGUCACCCUCAUGGCCGCCGCCACCGGCUACACCUUCUGCACCCUGCAGAUCCUGCCCUACGCCCUCACCUGCCUCUACCACUCCGACAAGCAGGUGUUUUUUGCUUGUUCCAAGUCACUGCCUUCGCUGGAUAAAAAGAGAGCGGAGAAGAUGAUGCUGCCCCCUGGUGCCAUCACGCAGCACUACAGCAACGGACAUCCUGGUGGAAUGGCAGGCCCUGGGACCUCGCCGAAAGGGCUGGCCGCUGCCCCGUCCCUGGGCCUGUACGUUUCCCUGCCCAUGGACAGCCUCCUUGUGCCUCCGCCCAUCCCUCCGGUCCCGCCCAGAGGCAUGUGCUUGGACAUGGCGAUCCUGGACAGCGCCUACCUGCUGUCCCAGGUGCUACCCUCUCUCUGCAUGGGCUUCAUUGUCCACCUCACGGGCAGUGUCACGGCCUACAUGGCCUGCGCCUCCGCCUUCAGCCUGCUCGCCAUCUACUUCUCCAGCAGGGUGAUCUUCGACAGGGGCGACCUGAAUGGCUGCUUGAGCCUCAGCACUUGACAGCAAGAUGACCUACCU